GCAGCGCGGCAGCGCCAGCGGCUCGCUCGGGCCGCAGCAGGAACCGCCGCCCCGUCAGCCUUGGCGCCAGCCACCCCGCAGCCAAGGCGCUGGCUGCGGCGCCAGCCAAGGCAGCCGAGGCGCCAGCCAAGGCGCCCGGUUGCGGCACCAGCCAAGGCAGCCGAGGCGCCAAAAGCGCCUCAGCCCCAGCCGCCCCAGCAGCACCGGCAGCCGAGGCAGCCAAGGCGCCAGCUAACAGCGCCAGCGCCGGCGCCAGCCCCAGCCCCAGCCCCAGCCCCAGCAGCCCCAGCAGCUUCGGCACCAGCUGCAGCACCAGCCCCGGCCCCGGCGCCAGCCUCGGCCACAGCGCCAGCCCCGGCCGCAGCCUCGGCGCCAGCCUCGCCGGCCAAGGCUUUUGCCGCAGAGCCGACCGCUCCGCGAAAACCGCCUCUGCUGGGGCGCGCCCAAAGAGCGUGACGCACCCGGCCGCCCGCUGGCGCGAGGCAGACCGGGAGGCCGACAGAGCCGCCGCGGAGGUCCUGGCCCGCAACCCGCAAGGGUUCGCAGAGGCAGCCGUGGCAGCUGGGGCUGUCUUCCGCUCGCUGCAGCCCGGCCCUGGCCUGCCAGCGGCCGGGUCAGGACCUGCGCGCCAGUGGUCCGAGGAGGAGUGGGCUGCCUGGCGCGCUCGCCACACCUGGGGAGGCCACGCGUGCGCCGCCUUCGCGCGCGCUGCGAUCGCCCGCGCAGGCAGCGACCCGGAGAUCUAG